AUGGAAAAAAAGAAUAAAUUCCCUGUUUUAGGAGCACCAGAUAAUCGUGGAACGGAGUUUAUUUUUGGCUUUAUGGAGAACCUAGGAACAAGUUACAAUCUGGAAUUAUUUGUCACUACGUCUCGAACCACAACUGUCAAUGUGCGUCUGACAUCACCACGUUACAGUAGUCCGUCCAUAGACCAGUCAUUUACUGUGAUCGCGGGGACAGUAAAACAGCUUACCAUUAGCAACAGCCUCCGUAUGGUCGCUACAGGGUUAGGAUCCAAAGGACUCUUGUUGGUCGCAGACGACGAAGUGGUGAUAUAUGGUGUAAACAAGGAGAGAUACUCGUGUGAUGCGUUCCUCGGUCUUCCUACAGACGUGUUGGGGACAGAACACUACGCCAUAUGUCAGUAUCCACCUACUAGGUAUACUGAGAUACUUGUGGUCGGAGUAAAUGAUUCGACAUCUGUCGGACUCCGAUUGGCUAACCAUAAUGACAUCAGUGUAACAUAUAAUGGCGUUACUUACCGGAAAAAUGAUUGGAUGAAUCUGACCAUUAACAGGUUUGACACUUUUCAAAUACAUACCUAUGGUGAUCUCACGGGCACUUACAUAGUCUCUGACAAAAUCGUAUCUGUGUUUAGCGGUAAUAAGAAAACUAAAAUAGGUACGGGUGGCUCACAGGACCAUUUGGUUGAACAGCUAACUCCGGUCAGUACAUGGGGCAAGAUAUUUGCUUUAAUUCCAAUCGCGACGAGAACGACUGGAGAUUAUUACAAAUUUAUAGCGUCGGAAAGUGACACAGUGAUUACUGUCAACGCUUUGGACGGCGGUACGGCUAAAAGUGAAACUAUCAAUCUCGCGUCUGGAGGAACUUUUUCAGAAAAGCAUUACAGUUCUAACUACUACGCGUAUGUGACCUCCAACAAACCUAUUCUAGUCGCACAGUACGUACUUAGUCAGGUGACAGAGGCUGCAGAUCCGUCCAUGAUGAUAAUUCCGCCGAUCGAGCAGUUUGCUUCAGACUACACAUUUACUACACCAAGAUACUCACUUGGAUCAUACAGUAAUUAUUUCAUGUUCGUCGUCAAGGAAACAGAGAAGAGCGGACUCAGAUUAGAUGAACAAGUGUUACCUUCUAAUACAGUGUAUAACAGCAUUCCGGGUACGAAUUUAGUCGGAGGAUAUGUGUCCGUCACGGAAGGAUCUCACACUAUGAGGCAUAACUCGCCCAUUUCUGUCUUCGGUGGAUAUCUCUUCGGAAGAGCUCAUGCCGAAUCGUACGCUUUUGCUACUGGUAUGCGAAUGUCACCAAUCAAUACAGUAAGUUUGUUUUGUCCAUCUUCAUUUUUCAUAGGAAUAUAUGACGAUGGCGAUGGAUUUUCGGAUGAAGAUUGUGCCAGACCAACUCCAAUUGACGGUGGAUGGUCAGUUUGGGAGUCGUGGGGAAGUUGUACGUGCAUAGGGCAAACGUCGGCUUCAGGAGGGACUCAGAAAAGAUUGAGGACCUGUACCAACCCCGUUCCCAAAUAUGAUGGCAAGCAGUGUCCAGGGUCUGAUCAAGACGACAAUACGUGUACCCCCAGCGCAGACUGUUCAGUUGACGGUUUCUGGAAUCUAUGGACGUCAUGGAGCACGUGCUCGCAAACUUGUAAUGGAGGCACAUUUUCCAGAUCGCGGACAUGCACGGACCCGGCUCCUUCUGGCAAUGGCGCACAAUGUUCCGGGAGUAGCUCAGAUACAGGAAGCUGCAACACUCAGGGAUGCCCAGUUGAUGGUGCUUGGACAUCCUGGAGCCAGUUUACUGCCUGCAGUAACUUGUGUGGUCCUGGUACCACUAAUCGUUCCAGAACAUGUACAGCACCAACUCCACAAAAUGGCGGUCUCACUUGUACCGGAGAUGAUACAGAGGCCCAGACAUGCACUGGACCAUGCAAAGUUGAUGGUAAUUGGGCUGCAUGGUUACAAUGGGGAGACUGCACGCAGUCAUGCGGAACAGGCAUCAGGUCAAGAUCUAGGACGUGUACUGAUCCAGCACCCUCCAACAAUGGAAGCGUGUGCGUUGGAUCCCCAGGUGAAAUGGACACCUGUAAUACUGCACCAUGUCCUACUGUGGCGGCCGGAGUUUACCAACAGCUGUGCCCAACUAACUGGUUCACAUGUGAAUCUGGAGCCAUGCGUUGUAUCCAAUGGUCACUGAUGUGUGAUUGCUCUAAUGAUUGUGACGACGGAAGUGACGAAACUGUUGGGUAUGCCGGAUGUGACGCUGCUCUUCAGGCCAGUUGUCCAAGCUCCGCGAACGGUCUCCGUUCAUUGACAAUGCUGACGAUGAUGGCUACUGUCACAUAUCUGUACAUAAGUGUAUCCUGGUGGGAAUGA